GCAGCCUGUGCAGGAGCGCACGAGCCUGUGCCAGGUUGAUGAAGAGGGAGUGCUGUGACCCUGUGCUCGUGACAGUCGUUUCAGGGCCCCCGGGCGGGCUGUGAGCGCGGCCCCCGGUGCCGGUGCCGGUGCCGGCCGCCCCGCCGCGCCGCACGGAGCAUGCCUCUGAGCCCCGCCGGCAGCAAACAUGAGAGCCCGGAGUCGCCGCCGCCAGAGCCGUCGCCGCCGCCGGAGCGACAGCCCCGCGCCGCCGCCGGGGAGCCGGGCGCCGGCCUGCGGGAGGAGACGCGGCCCGACCCGGCCCGGGGCCCCGGCGGGCCCCGCUCCCCCAAGCUGGCGGCCCCGGCGCGCAUGGAGGAGCCCGCGCCCGGCGCCAUCGUCGUCCGCAUCGGCAUCCCCGACCUGCAGCAGACGAAGUGUCUGCGGUUGAACCCAGAUGUUCCCGUGUGGGUUUCCAAGCAGCGCAUCCUUUGCAUUUUGAACCACAGCCUGAAGGAUGUUCUGAACUACGGGCUCUUCCAGCCAGCCUUCAACGGCAGGGCUGGGAAGUUUCUGGAUGAGGAGCGCCUGCUGAGGGAGUACCCCCUGAAUCCAGACACUCCUGUCCCCUACUUGGAGUUCCGGUACAAAAGGCGUGUGUACACCCAGACUUUGCUGGAUGACAAGCAGUUUGCCAAGCUCCAUACAAAGGCAAAUCUGAAGAAGUUCAUGGAGUACGUGCAGAUGCUAAAUGCGGAGAAGGUCUGCAGGCUGCUGGAGAAGGGACUGGACCCCAACUUUCAUGAUCCGGACACUGGAGAGUGUCCCCUGACCGCGGCCGCUCAGCUGGAGCUCAGCGCCGAGAUGAUCAAGGCGCUGCGCAACGGGGGAGCGCACCUGGAUUUCCGGACGCGGGAGGGAAUGACGGCUCUUCACAAGGCUGUCCGGUGCCGCAACCACGCGGCGCUGCUGACGCUGCUGGACCUGGGUGCCUCCCCGGACUACAAGGACAGCCGGGGGCUGACACCCCUGUACCACAGUGCCAUGGUGGGGGGGGAUCCCUACUGCUGCGAGCUCCUGCUGCACGACUACGCCCGGCUCGGCUGCGUGGAUGAGAAUGGCUGGCAGGAGAUCCAUCAGGCAUGUCGCUAUGGCCAUGUUCAGCACCUGGAGCAUCUUCUCUUCUAUGGAGCUGAUAUGACUGCACAGAAUGCCUCAGGAAACACCGCUCUUCAUAUUUGUGCUCUCUAUAACCAGGAGAGCUGCGCUCGGGUUCUCCUCUUCCGCGGUGCGAGCAAAGAGAUUCGCAACUACAACAGCCAGACAGCAUUCCAGGUGGCCAUCAUUGCAGGAAAUUUUGAAUUGGCUGAAAUCAUCAAAACCCACAAAGAGUCCGAUGUUGUGCCUUUCAGAGAAACUCCCAGCUACACGAAGCGGAGACGGAUCCUCGGCGCGGGCGGCCUGGCGUCCCCGCGCAUGCUGCAGCGCUCGGCCAGCGACAACAACCUGAAGGCGGAGAGCCGGGCGUCCUACUCGCCGGUGCCGUCGCUGCGCAGCCUGCCGCCGCAGCUGCUGGCGCAGAUGCAGGAGGCGGGGGCCGGGGCGGCGGACGGCAGCCUGGAAAACGAGUGCUACGGGCCACCCGCGGGCCGCGGCGGGCCGAGCCGCGAGCUGCCGGGCAUCAGCACCGUAACCUACGUCUUCGUUUACAGCCCCGGCGGCCCGGCGGGGCCCCCCGGCCCCGGCGCCGAGCCCGCGCCGCACGCCGCGCCCGCCCCGCUGCGCGGGCCCAAGCGGAAGCUGUACAGCGCCGUGCCCGGCCGCAAGUUCAUCGUGGUGAAGAGCUACGCGCCGCAGGGCGAGGGCGAGAUCCAGCUCAACCGGGGCGAAGCCGUCAAGGUGCUGAGUAUUGGCGAAGGUGGCUUUUGGGAAGGAACCGUGAAGGGAAGGACUGGCUGGUUCCCAGCAGAAUGUGUUGAGGAGGUGCAGAUGCGACAGUAUGAUCCACGGCAAGAAACCAGAGAAGACAGAACAAAGCGUCUCUUCCGACAUUAUACUGUGGGCUCCUACGACAAUUUCACCUCUCACAGUGACUACAUCAUUGAGGAGAAGACGGCCGUGCUGCAGAAGAGGGAGCAUGAGGGAUUCGGGUUUGUGUUGCGAGGGGCCAAAGCUGAAACCCCAAUUGAGGAGUUCACCCCAACCCCAGCCUUCCCAGCACUCCAGUACCUGGAAUCAGUGGAUGUGGAAGGUGUUGCUUGGAGAGCCGGGCUUCGCACGGGAGACUUUCUGAUCGAGGUGAACGGUGUCAACGUGGUGAAGGUGGGGCACAAGCAGGUGGUCUCCUUGAUCCGGCAAGGGGGGAACCACCUGGUGAUGAAGGUUGUUUCCGUCAGCCGCAAGCCAGAAUCGGAAGAAGUUGUUCGGAAGAAGGCUCCGCCGCCUCCCAAGAGAGCGCCCAGCACCACCCUGACGCUGCGUUCCAAGUCCAUGACGGCCGAGCUGGAGGAGCUGGCCUCCAUGCGGAGAAGAAAAGGGGAGAAACUGGAUGAGAUUUUGGCAGCAGCCGAGCCCGCGCUGAGAGCAGACAUUGUCGAAGCAGAUUCUAGGGCAGCCACUGUGAAGCAGCGACCGACAAGCCGGCGCAUCACGCCAGCAGAAAUCAGUUCACUCUUUGAACGCCAGGGUAUGGCAGCACACUCGGGGGUCCUUGCGGGAGCUGAGAAGCCCCAUGUUUCACUGCGCAAAGGAAUUCCACGGACAAAAUCUGUAGGUGAAGACGAGAAACUUGCUGCUUCUUUGCUAGAUGGGAAGUUUCCCCGGAGCACGUCAAUGCAAGACACCGUUAGGGAAGGACACGGGAUUCCACCACCACCUCAGACAGCCCCACCCCCACCUCCUUCUCCAUAUUACUUCGACACAGGCCCCCCUCCAUCCUUCUCACCACCUCCACCCCCAGGAAGAGCUUAUGAUACCAUAAGGUCAAGCUUUAAGCCAAGCCUGGAGGCCAAACUCCAUGGGCUCCCGCAGGUCAUUAGCGCGGCUGAGAUGUAUGAUCAGGCGAGGACUUCCAUUCCUUACCCUGAAAGGCAGAAGAGGGCCCGAUCCAUGAUAAUCCUACAGGAUUCCUCUCAUCUUCCCGUGGAGCCGACAGAGAUCCCCCGGCCUGGGCCAUCGGCAACCCCUCCGGAGAAGCUGAAGAGGAAGGGGAGAGUGAUUGACAACCCUUACGCCAACAUGGGUCAGUUCAACGUCAGCCUGUUUGCUCCCACCAAGCCGCAGAGGAAGAAGAGCCCUCUUGUUAAGCAGUUACAAGUGGAGGAUGCACAGGAGAGAGCGGCGCUGGCCAUCACCGGAGGCUUUACACGGGAGCCCUCUCCCACCCGCAGGAGCCACCGCCUGAGUGGAGUGGAGUAUCAGCACCACGCCGGCAUUGCUCAGGUUGAGGCCACAAGCAUCCCCUUUGCCACUGCCAUCGCCGGAGUCAUGAAGGACAGAGACCGUCGUCUGGAUGAGAGGCGGAAAUCCACUGUCUUCCUCUCGGUCGGGGCCAUUGAAGGAAGCCCCCCCAGCAGCGACAUGCCAUCCUUGCAGCAGUCCAGGUCUAUUGAUGAGCGGUUGUUAGGAAGCCGAGAUGUACUACUGCCUUCCCCUGUCUCAGCUUUAAAGCCAUUGAUUAGCAGCUCAUCCUCAACGUUCAUCCACCCCCUGACAGGAAAGCCCUUGGAUCCGAACUCACCACUGGCGCUUGCGCUGGCCGCAAGGGAACGGGCCCUCUCAACUCAAGUCCCAUCCCGGUCGCCCACCCCGAUCCACAGCCCAGACUCAGACAGAGCAGCACCCCUGUUUGUGGACAUCCAAACCAAAGAACCAGAGAGGGGGGAGUUGGAGAGCUUGGUGUCCCCUGCGUACUCACCCGGAGGCAAAGGGGCCGUCGGAACAGACUCUGGGACUUUGGCCCCUACGAAGAGCCAGUGGGGGACUCCGUCCACACUGAGAAAAGAAACUGAGGCAAGAGCAGAAACACCCGGGAAGGAGGAGAAAAAACAAGAAGACAAGAAGUCCAUGAUUAUCAGCAUAGUGGAUACGUCACAGCAGAAGACCGCUGGGCUCAUCAUGGUUCAUGCCACAAGUAAUGGCCAAGACGAGAUAGGACUUGAGAUAAAAGAGGAGAAGCCAGCUGUCCCUGAAGCAUGCACAGAGCCAGCAGAGUCCCCCAAAGCAGAGACCCAGCCCAGUCCCGUGGGAAAGCCUCCGGUCAGUCCAGCCUCUGAGAAGACGCUGGGACAGGGGAGUUCGGAGGAAGAAGUGGAGCCCUACACGGUCACCCUCCCACCAGCUCAGUUGUCUUCAAGUGACGAAGAGACCAGGGAGGAGCUGGCCAAGAUAGGGCUGGUGCCUCCACCAGAUGAGUUUGCAAACGGGGUACUGGUCACCACCCCUGGCACACCGGUCAGCCACCUGGCUACGCCUAGCACGCCAUCCAUACCAGCGGCAGCAGUAGCACCUUCUACCACUGGCGGAACACCCUCAGGGAAGCCCUCUGAUGCCCCCGUAGCCCCAGAGUCUGCUGCAGACUCGGGAGUGGAAGAGGUGGACACCAGAAGUUCAAGUGACCAUCACCUGGAGACCACAAGCACCAUCUCGACGGUCUCCAGCAUGUCUACGUUGUCCUCAGAGAGCGGGGAGCCUACUGACACAUACACUUCCUUUGCGGAUGGACAAACUUUUAUACUCGAGAAGCCACCAGUGCCUCCAAAGCCAAAACUCAAGUCCCAGCUCAGCAAGGGGCCAGUUACUUUCAGGGACCCACUUUUGAAGCAGUCUUCGGACAGCGAGCUCAUCUCCCAGCAACAUGCGGCCACUCUGGCAUCAGCCAGCAUUGGCCGGCCACGCUACCUCUUUCAGAGAAGGUCCAAGCUAUGGGGGGACCCCAUGGAGAGCAGGCCGAUCCAUGGGGCUGAUGAUGACAAGCCAACUGUGAUCAGUGAGCUAAGUUCCCGACUACAGCAGCUGAAUAAGGAUACACGAUCACUGGGGGAGGAACCAGCCGGGUCCACCUUAGACCCCGGGAAGAAGUCACCUGUGGUCGCGGCACGACUUUUCAGUAGUUUAGGAGAACUCAGCACCAUUUCCCAGCGGAGCUCCGGGACCACCUACACAGUCCGACCUGGCAGUCGCUACCCCGUAACCCGACGUACCCCCAGCCCCGUGAAGCCGGCUCUGGACCGGACAGAGCCCCUCAGCACCGUCCGGCCCUACGGUCUGACCCCUCCCACCAUCCUCAAAUCUUCCAGCCUCUCCAUCCCCCACGAGCCCAAGGAGGUGCGCUUCGUGGUGAGGAGCGUGAGCGCCCGGAGCCGCUCCCCGUCCCCGUCCCCCUCUCCAGGGCCGCCCCUGCACACCCUCCACCCGCCUCGGCCCUUCAUGCAGAAACCCCUCCACCUCUGGAACAAGUACGACGUCGGGGACUGGCUGGAAAGCAUCAAUUUGGUGGAGCACCGAGACAAGUUCGAGGACCAUGAGAUCGAGGGCACGCACCUGCCUGCCCUCACCAAGGAGGACUUUGUGGAGUUGGGGGUGACCCGUGUCGGGCACCGGAUGAACAUUGAGCGGGCACUCAAGCAGCUGGUAGACAGCUGACCGUCCCAGGCAGCGCCGGCCUCUUCCAGAGCCACCGGGGGGGCGGGGGGGUGGGGGGCAUUUCUACUAGACUAAUAAAACCCACUUUGAUUCUCUUUCUAUUCUGAGCACUGCACUGAAGGGUGCGGAGCCGAGAGGCUCCCGCCCGCUCCCGCACCGCCCCGGCGUGCCACGCACACGCAGACCCACCCCCCCCCCCCCGGCCCCGCCAGCCCCGCGACGCCUUCGGGACAAGGAAUGUUGCAUGAAACACAUCCUCGUUUCUGUUCCUCCCAGAGAGUCCGGCCUGUAUAUCGCUUGAUGUGCCCUUCCCCAGGGGCGUCGCUGGUGGCCGGAGGGGCCGAGGCACCACGUGCUGCCGGGCCCGGGCUCCCCGUGGCCGCAGGGCAACACCUGGUUGGGGCCGGGCAGCGGGACGGGGCCAGCGGUGCAGUGAGGGGCCGAGCCCCGGCUUAGGCAGGGGGGCUUCUGCCGCCGGCCGAGCGCUGGCCGCGUUGCCCGGGUGCGGCAGGGCGGGCAGGGGAGCCCCCCGGGGCUGCGCCGAGCCGGGGAGCCGGGGAGCCACCACCCUCGCCCCGCGAGCCAGGAGGGAGCCGGCCCCGCGCCAGCUCUGCCCGCCGCCCUCGGCUGCCCCGGUGAGAGGGACCGAAACCGCAUGGAUAGAAGCAUGUUUGGGGAUGUCGGAGGGAGGCUGGUGGGGGAGUCCAGCAGAAAACGCUUUGCCAACGUUCAACGGGGGGAGGGGAGGGAGGGAGAUGUUUUAUUUCCUCUUGGUUUGGGGUCUUGUUUCCAAGGGGGACGCGUUGAUGGAUAAUAUAUAAUCUCCGUGCAUUUAUAUAGAGAGCAGCUGAUGAUCUACAAGAGAUGAUAUUGAACUACAGGAUUCCCACUCCGUCCUAGUCAUCCUUAUUUUGCAUCUUUUUAAUCAGCUAUAUAUUUGAAAAGAGAGAACAAAUAUCUAUAUAUCUAUAUCUAUAGCUAUAGCCACCUGAUUUUGUUAUAAUUUUACUAAAUCUAUAUAUCUCUAGACUUGUUGAGACGCUGGCGAGGCGGUGCCUGCACCCCUCCCCCGGGACGCCCAUGGCUCAUGGGAGUUUUUAGCGACUGACUGAAUGAAUGUUAAAAGUCUUUUUAAAAAAAAAAACUGCAAAAAAAAAAAAAAAACCCAACAGCUCCUUUCAGACACUCUGGAUUUUAAAGAUUUAGAAACACACAACAAAACUUGGUUUUUGGGACGCACCGAGUCUUCCACCCCCAGCAGGCUGAGACGCACUGAGUGGCGCUUCCUGCACCCCGCGGCACCCCGGGCACACGCAGCCCCCCCGGCACCGGGGCCCCUCCCGGGGAGCACCCGCGAGGGUCCCGGGGGGCUGCUCCCCCAGCACGGGUCUCGGGGGGGGGGGGACGGGGACAGGGGGUGACCCCAGCCAGCCCUGGCGCUGGCCGGGGUGGUGUCCCCAUCCCCCAGCGUGCUGCCCGGUGCCCCCGCGCCCUCUCCUCGCCGUCCCCCGGGCUCGCCCUGCCCCGGCUCAGGGUGCCAGGGCUCGGCCAGGCCGGGAGGGGAUGGCUUGGUGACUGGUGGUCCCAAAAAGCUGAGUCCCCCACAAAGGCAUUAACUCUUCUGGUGCUAGAGGGAAGGACAAGGAGGUUCCUUCUGACCCUCACACAUCUCUGAACCUUUACAACCUUCAGCCAGGGAAAAGGCCCAGGCCCAGGGUGGGGGCAGCCGCCCCUCCUGUGCGCUGGGACCUCCCCGGGAGGGAUCCCGACCCGUGCCAUCGCACCGGGACAUUCCCGGGAGGGAUCCCGACCCGUGCCAUCGCACCGGGACAUUCCCGGGAGGGAUCCCGACCCGUGCCAUCGCACCGGGACCUCCCCGGGAGGGAUCCCGACCCGUGCCAUCGCACCGGGCCCUCCCCGGGAGGGAUCCCGACCCGUGCCAUCGCACCGGGCCCUCCCCGGGAGGGAUCCCGACCCGUGCCAUCGCACCGGGCCCUCCCCGGGAGGGAUCCCGACCCGUGCCAUCGCACUGGGCCCUCCCCGGGAUGGAUCCCGACCCGUGCCAUCGCACCGGGACAUUCCCGGGAGGGAUCCCGACCCGUGCCAUUGCACUGGGCCCUCCCCAGGAGGGAUCCCGACCCGUGCCAUCGCACCGGGACCUCCCCGGGAUGGAUCCUGACCCGUGCCAUCGCACCGGGCCCUCCCCGGGAGGGAUCCCGACCCGUGCCAUCGCACCGGGACAUUCCCGGGAGGGAUCCCGACCCGUGCCAUCGCACCGGGACAUUCCCGGGAGGGAUCCCGACCCGUGCCAUCGCACCGGGCCCUCCCCGGGAGGGAUCCCGACCCGUGCCAUCGCACCGGGCCCUCCCCGGGAGGGAUCCCGACCCGUGCCAUCGCACUGGGCCCUCCCCGGGAGGGAUCCCGACCCGUGCCAUCGCACCGGGCCCUCCCCGGGAGGGAUCCCGACCCGUGCCAUCGCACCGGGCCCUCCCCGGGAUGGCUCCUGAAAUGCUGAGGUGCCGUCUCCUUUUCCCUGAGCUCUUGCUGGGCGCCAGCCCAAGCGGCUCCAUCCUGAGCUCUCCGGAAGCCGCCGGGCCCUGGGGGUUCGUGGCCUCUCCCCCCUCCCCGGCCGCCAUCCCGCUGCUCCUCGCCGGGGACGGCGCCCGGGGACGGUGCGGGGGGCUCGAGGCUGGGCCGGCGAGCACACAGCCCGCGGUCCGCACCCCUGGGGUACCCCGGCCUCGCGCCCCACAACCCGGGGAGCCAAGAGGCAUCCGAAUUGCGAUAGCAGCCAUUGCGUCUGCCUGAGCCCACCGCCCGCUUCCCCCGGGGGUGCCCUCGCGCCCCGACAGGCACCCCUGCCCUUGCGCCCCACCGCCGCAGCCCGGCCCGUCGCCCCUCUGCCGCCGCGCACCCACCCCCUCCAUCCACCCCCCUCUCCCCCCCCCCCACCUCACCCUUCCUCUGCACCCCCCCCCCCACCUCACCCUUCCUCUGCACCUCCACCCCCCCCCCCAUCCUCCCCGCCGGCCCCUGCACGCCUUGCCCGUGGCCAGCAGCAUGUGCGGCAGCAUGCACGGACGCCCGCACCCAAAUCGCCCCAGCGCCCCGGCUCAGCACCCCUGCGCCCACCCUCCCCCUCCCCUGCCCGCGCUCCAGCCCCGUUGCCCGCGCCGGCGUCGCUCAGCACCCUCCGGUCGCAGGGGCUUGCAGGGUGGGGACGGGACGGUCCCACUCCGGAGGUGUCCGGUGUCCCCAGCGCGGUUUCGCCUCGCCUGCUGGCACAGCCGCUGCUCUCGCGUCCCCUCGCCCGGCGCUCGCUCCCCCCAGAGCCCCCCAGCUCCGGCCGUCGCCUCGCCUCGGCCCCCCCGCCGCCUCCCGCGCGCUCCGCAGCCCCUGCGCCCCUGCGGCUGCUCCCCAACGCCCGGCUGCUGAGCCAAACUUGCCGCUUCUCCCUGGAGCUCGGCUUUCUGGGCUGACGCUGCUUCUCCAGCUCCGUGCCUGGCAAAGUGGCACCGGCACGUCCCAGGACGCCGGCGAGCACCCAGCUCCUCGGCACCCCCGGCCUGCCGCAGCGCAGCCCCCCCCGAGGAGGCACACGGGGGCCUGGGCGCGUCCCCAGCUCGGCGUCGCGCAACCUCUUUUCCCAAAUUUGCAGAGAUCAGGAUUUCCGAGGAAUUCACUCGGCUGUUUGCUCCUUUCACGAGGCUGCUCCGAGGGUGGGAAUGCUCGCUGGCGGCCCGCGGCGUGCCACGGGUGACCGGUGGCUUUGCCCCCCCCCCGCUGCCGCUCGCCGAGCCCCCGGCCGUGCCCACGCGUCCCCCGGGGCCGGCGCUGCUGCGGGGUCGCGCUGGGGGUCCGCACGCCGCGGCUUGGCCGAGCUUCCGCACCGCCGACGGCUCGUCCCUGGCUGCGCAGCCCCCCCCGCGUCCCCCCCCCCGCCUCCCCAGCCCCACUUUGCACUGCUGGCGCCCCGCAGCCCCCCCUGCCCACCGCCCCCAGCUCAUCCCACCGCCGCCCCUUCCCCUCUGCUUCAUCCCCAUCGCGCUGCUGGCUCCUUCAUCUCACCCGCAGGGAACGGAGAGACCCCGGCAGCCCCCGGUGACCCCGGCGGUCCCUGGAGACCCCGGCGCAGCCCCGCAGGGCUGUCCCCGAGGAGCCACCGCAGCCCCUCGGUGUGACCCCCCCCCCCGGCCCGGCGCGAGCCCCUCGGGGCAGCCGGUGGAAGCGUGACGGUGUGUUCGCCUGAGUGCAGGCUGCUCGGCGGGUUCACCCGGCGUGAACCCGGGGUCUCUGCCCCUUCCGCAGCUGCUUGCGGGGCGACCGAGAGACCCGCCUGCACCCGCCUCUUGCCGCGAGAGGCCUGAAGUCUGCAGAGCGCAACUUUUCUGCAGAAAGUUCGGUCUGGGACCAGGAAAGCUGGCCGCCUUCUUGCCAUUUCUGAGGAGCCCUCCUCCUCCCGCUCCCCCCCCCCCCCCCCCCCGCCCCGACUCAUCCUCCUCGCGAGGACUGGAAAUGGUGGAUGCAGCGCUCUGCCCCGCAGAGCCGGCGGCUGUGCCGCCCCGCCGUGCAUCCCAGCUUCCGCCACCAAGCAGCUGCAGCCGUACCUGUGUUGGCAAACACUGCGUGAUCCCUCCGGGGACACCACGGCUCGUCCCAGUCAGGCGUACCCCCAGAGAAGGCCGCUUCCAACCGCGCUGCCCCAUCGCCCCCCAGCCCCGGGGCUGCCCGGGUCUCCGGCAAACCUGCUCCCCUCCCUGCCCCGGCAGCGACGGCUUCGCCCUCCUCAUCGCUCUCCCUGCACCCAGCGCUGCACCCUUCCCCACCCCACCCCACCCCACGCCACCCCGGACACGCGUGCGUGGCAGAGCUGGGCGAGCGUGGGCUCGGGGCGUCGGGGAUGGCGCCGGCCCCGAGCGAACGCGCUUCGCUUCGGGGCGGCUCCGUGCCGGGUGCCGAGGCCCCUUCAGCUGCGCUGCUCCUUCCUCCCCGCUCCCACCCUGCGCCCCUCUGGGCCCCCCCCCCGGGCUGCCGGGGUUGGGGGGCUCCACGGCCCCCCCCCCCCCAGCACCCGGCCAGGGUCAGGCCGCUCGCCCGGCACCGCGGUGCCUCCGCCGGGGCCCCCGGGCUGCCCGACGGCCGAGGGCUCGUCCCGUGGCCGUGCCCCCCGCGGCAGACCCGUGUCCCCCCCCCCCGCUAACGCAGCUGCUGCUACUUUACUUUUAAUUUUCUCAGCUGAAGCAAAGAGGAUUUUCCCCAGGUGUAGAUAACGCUUUCCUGACUCUGUAUCUAUUCUGGCUGCAUCGGCAUCUCCGCUCCAAACAUCUCCAGACCCAGUGAGACAUUUCAUGUUGAAAAGCCAUCCAGGAGAAGGCAGAGCGGUAGCGGGUGAGGAACCGACCCCACGAGCCCGCGGCGCGGCGGUUACUGUGAUUCUCAUGGCUUCUCAAUGACUUGGGUUAUCUUCUGUAAAAAAGGGAUACACUUUCUUUUUUUGGGAUUUUUUGGGGUGGUUUUUUUGGUUUGGUUUUUUUUUUUUUUUUUUUGCUUUGAAGGGGUUUUUUUUUAAAAAGUUGUUGGUAUUUUUCCUUUGUCCAGACUAACGUCAUCAAUCCCUGUUCUCCAUCAGCUCCUGUCUGUAAUCCUGACUGUAAGAAAAAAAAAAAAAAAAAAAAAAAAAAAAAAAAAAAAAAAAAAGGAGAAACCAAAACCCAAAGCACUUUGUUCCCGGUGGUGAAGAGCUUCGCCAGCCGAAACCGUUCCCCCCCGGCGACGGAGUGCGGCGCGGUUUUCUGGUUUCCUUUCUGUCCGCCCGUGGGCAGCCCUCACUGCCGCAUGCAUGUGUCACCCGCGGAGCCCCCGCACGCCCCCGGGCGCGCGCUCACACCCUCUGCAUGUGCAUAUACCGGCUCCCGCCCUCGCACACGCGUGUGCGGCCACACGCGGCCCCAACAUCCACACUCUUGUUUCUUACCCAGACGGACUCACCUGUGGGUUUUUGUUCUGUUUUUAAUUUUACAGGGUCAGUUUGACUUCACCCUUAUUUUGUAUGGAUUUUCGGAGGAGAUUUCUUCUUCUCCAGAGUCAUGGAGGUGUGGCCAUUCGCCUCCCGCCCUUGACGUUGUGAUACACAUACCCCACAGAGAUCUAUGUUUCUUAUAUUAUAUUAUUAUUAUUAAUUAUUAUUAUUAUUAUUAUUAUGUAAUAAAUUUAUAAGAAAGC